AUGGACCGGAAGUGUUCGGAAAAGGCAGGCAGCCACUCCACGGCCGACAGCGUGUCAUCGGCGCUGUCCCAGAACCCCAGAAUCUCCUCCCACAUCUCGGAAUCCUCGAGGGACCUGUCUUGCAGGAAGGCCCCGCAGAGUCCCGCCCGCAGGGGCAGAGCGGCGCACCCCACCACCAUCCUGCUGUGCAAGUCGCAGAGCAGCCAGGCCGCCCUGGCGCCGCAGGAGCACCGGGCCUUCCUGGAGAGGGCCUGCACUACAGCAAUCUGCUUCAAGAUGCUGCGAGACCUGAGCGGCUCGGACUCCGCCCACCUGAGCUCCAUUGUCAAGAAGAUCAAGAGCAUGGCCCACGAGGCUCCCGGCCUGGUGCUGGAAACCAUCCACGACUACUUCAAGGACAACCCCGAGGUCUCCAGCUGGCACAAGCUGCGGCUGUUCCACGUCCUGGAGAUGGUCAUCGGGGUCAGCGACUCGCUGGAGGAGAGCUGGGAGAAGGCCUUCAUCAAACUGGCCCUGGAGAACAUGGCCAAGUCCACGGACCUGAAAGAGGCAUACCAGGACGCGGCCAGCAACCUGCUGGUGGCCGUCUGCAGGCACUCGUGGCGGCAGGUGGCCCGGCACCUGGAGACCGAGGUCCUGACGGGCGUCUUCCCCCACCGCAGCCUCCUCUACGUGAUGGGCAUCUUGACCUCUCCACAGGGACCCCUCAGCCGGGCCGACAAGGCGAGCUGGGAGGAGCAGCUGAGCAAGAUAGCUGCCCAGGCGGUCCCGUUCCUGAACUCGGACGUCUGGUCCAAGGAGCUGCUGUGGGCGCUCACCAAGCCUGACCAGACCCACCGGGAGCAGCCCCCCGAGAAGGCCUUCCUGUUCGUCUUCUACGGGCUGAUCCUCCAAGCGGAGGCUGACGGCUCGACGGUCAGGAGGCACCUGCAGACCCUCCUGGAGACCUCCCACCGGUGGCCCAAGCAGAGGGAGGGCAUGGCCCUCACGGUGGGGCUGGCCGCAGCCCGCCACCUGGAGGACGCGUGGGCCGUCCUGGAGCACUUCGGCCAGAGCGACCCCAUCAAGUGCAGCCUCCACAGCUUCUCCCCCAAGGGCCCGGCCUCGGAGGACUUGCAGUGGAAGUGGGCCAGCAGCACCAUCCUCCUGUCCUACGGGCAGAUGGCGGCCAAGGCCCAGGCCCGCAUCCUCCCAUGGGUGGACAGCAUCUUGUCUCGGAUGAUCUUCUUCUUCCGCUACAGCUCCUGGAACGAGACCCUGAAGCAGAGCUUCCUCACCGCCGUCCUCAUGCUGGUGGAGGCCCUCAGCCUCAGCAGCGGCACCCACAGCUGCCGGUUCUCCCAGCUGUCCGAGCUCCUGGAAUGCCUGAUGGUCCUGCUGCAGAAGGAACCCAAGGACGCUCUGUACACGCCGGCCCGCCAGCAGGCCAUCCGCGUCAUCUCCAGCCUCUGUAAGCUGAGGCCGCCCCUGGACCUGGAGAAGAAAUCGCAACUGCUGUCCACCUGCCUCCAGAGCGUGCUGACCCUGCCGCUGCUGGACGUCCUGGAGAGACACACCUGCCUCUUCCUGGAGCCGCCUGACAUCCAGACCCUCUAUGACGAGACGGCGGAGGCCCUGGACCAGCUGCUGCAGACCUUCCUCUCGGAGAACCCCACGGCCGACGAGCUGCACUUCCUGCUGUCGCACCUGCUCACCUGGCUGGCGUCGGACAAAGCGCACGAGCGGCAGCGGGCUGUGGACAGCUGCGUCGGCCUCUUCCGGUUCCUGAGCCGCAACCGCUGCCUGGACCCCAAGGACGACUUCAAACGGGCCGGGCAGCUGGUGGCCAUGCUGGGGGUCCUGUGCCAGGACCCGGACAGGGCCACCCAGGACUCCAGCGUGGAAGGGCUGGGCCAACUCUACCAGCUCCUGAGGCGCCAGAGAGUGGGGCCUUCGCAGGCAGGCAGGCUGGCGCCGGAGCGCCCCCAGACCAGCAUGGACGGAGCCCUGCUGUGGAGCAGCGGAGACCAGAAGGCCAAGCUCCUGGCCCCCCCGGAGGCGGCGUUCCCGAAGGACCGACUCUUCCAGCUUGGCAGCUCCCAAGUCAUCAAGGAGGUCAUGAAGUGUCUCACGCCGGCGGAGCUGACCGACCUCAUCUGGACCACCAUCGAGGGCCUGGGCUCCACCAGCCCCUUCCGCGUGCAGGCGGCCGCCAGCGUGCUGCUCGCCGUCAUCCAGGAGCACGGGGCCCAGCUGGAGACCGUGGCCAACCUGGGCCAGGCCAUCCACCUGCAGCUCAGCUCUGUCCGCGUCCCCCAAGCCAAGGCCGACGUCCUGCUUGCCAUCACCCUGCUGGCCCGGAACCACACCCCCGAGCUGGUGGCUACCUUCCUGGACUUCUCCACACCCCCGGACAGCCACACCUUCCAGCUGUGGAGGGCCCUGGGGGCGGAGCCGUCCGGGAGCCGCAGGGUGCUGGCCACGCUGCUGGCGUGGCUGCAGGAGAGGCCGCUGCCCACCCGGACCAGCGACAGCGGCCCCCCGCCUAAGGAGAAGACCCACCUGCGCUCGAUGGCGGCCAUGAACACGCUGUGCAAGCUGCAGCUCACCCGAGAGUUCAAGGACACGGUGCAGGAGGCCUACCCCCAGCUCCUGCUGGCCUUCCUCGCCCAGGUGCACUACAUCUUGGAGCUGCACCUGCCCAGGGAGCCCCGGCCCAGCCAGAAGGCCCAGGAGGAGGCCAUGCCCAGCCCCCAGAGCUGCAGCCUGUCCCUGGAGGCGCUGAGGAGCCUGCUGGCCACCACGGGCCCCUGGCAGAGCUUCGCCCAGCUGGAGCUGCAGGACGCCUGGCGCCUCUUCGCGGCUGUGGACACCUACCCGAAGGGCGUGGGCCUCCUGGCCAGGGCCAUGGUGCAGGGUGCCUGCGGGCAGGUCAAGGGCGUGACCCGCCAGCUGCUGCACAGCCUGCGGAGCCCGGAGGGGCGGGAGAGGAAGGUGGCCAUCCUCAUCCUCAACGAGUUCCUCCACAGCCCGGCCCUGCUGGAGGUGCUCUCGGAGCAGGACGCCCUGACCCUGCUGGCCCAGAGCCUCAGGGACCCCAGCCCCGAGGUCCGGGCGCUGAGCCUGCAGGGCCUGAGCAGCAUCCUCUUCCACCCCGAGAAGGGGAGCCUGCUCCGCAGGCAGCUGCCGCACUUCCUCAACGGCUUCUUCCGGAACGGCGAGCGCGAGGUGGUGCACCUCAUGGGCACCGUGUCUGAGGUGCUGCACCGCCUGGGGGCGCAGGGCGCCGGGGCCCAGAGCCUCUCGGUGGCCGUCAACACCCGCUGCUUCUUCGACGACGAGCGGGAGGGCAUCCGGGCGGCGGCCAUGGCGCUGUUCGGGGACCUGGUGGCAGCGACGGCGGGCAAGGAACCCAGGAGCCUGCACACCCAGGUCCACCAGAGCCUGGUGCCCCUGCUCCUGCACCUGAAGGACCGCUGUCCGGCCGUCGUCACGCAGGCCAAGUUCGCCUUCUACCGCUGCUCCCUGCUGCUCCGCUGGCGGCUGCCGCACACCCUCUUCUGCACCCUGGCCUGGGAGAGGGGCCUCAGCGCCCGCCACUUCCUCUGGUCCCGUCUGCUGACCCAGGGCCAGGAGGAGUUCGGCAUCCACUUGUCACAGGCCCUCAGCUACCUGCACAGCCGCCAUCACCACCUCAAGACCUGGGCAGCGCUCUUCCUAGGUUACGCCAGCUGCUACCACCCCCAGGCCAUGUCCCAGGUGGUGAACUCGGGGGACGUGAAGCUGCUGUGCUCCACUUUCAAAGGUCUUCAGAAGGACCCGGAGCCCGGCCUCCAGGAGUUUGCCACCAGGCAGCUCAGCCUCCUCCCACGAGUGGCGGCCAGCCAGAAGUGAC